AUGGUGACCGCCAAGGACCUUCCGGGCAACAAGCUGACCCCCGAUUUCCAUGUGUCGGAUUAUGUCAAGUUCUUCGGCGCCGGCGCGCUGGCUGCCACACUCACUCAUGCCAGCGCGACGCCAAUCGAUGUCGUGAAAACAAGGAUACAGGUAGACUCGUCCCUAAAGGGCAUGAACAUGCUAAAGGCGGGCCGUUCAAUCGUCGCCGCUGAAGGCGCUGGUGCGCUCCUCACGGGAUUUGGCCCAACGGCCGUGGGCUAUCUGGUCCAAGGUGGUGGAAAGUUCAUGGGCUACGAGUUCUUCAAGAAGAAGUUUAUCGACCUCGUCGGCUCCGAGCAGGAAGCAAUCAAGCACCGCACAGCCAUCUACCUAGGCGCUUCCGCCUGCGGCGAAUUCCUCGCAGAUAUUGCUUUGAGUCCGCUGGAGGCCACCCGCAUACGACUGGUUUCGCAGCGAGGCUACGCGUCCGGCCUGCUACCCGGCUUCAUGAGGAUGGCACGUGAGGAGGGUUUUCGCGGUUUCUACGCUGGAUUCAUCCCACUCGUCUGCAAGCAGGUGCCGUACGCGCUGGGCCAAUUCACUGUGCACGAAUGGGCCAACGAAAUGAUCUACAACGCUAUGGGUCCAGAACGCAAGGCGAAGCUCACACACUUGGAGUCUACGGGCGUGGAGCUGACGUCUGGUAUCGUUGCCGGUGUUGCGGCCGCGGUCCUUUCGCACCCUGCAGACACUCUUCUUUCCGCAAUGAAUAAAGGGGCGGGAGAUAAGAGCCAGGGCACGGUGUCGCGAAUGAUUUCUCUCGCUGGAGAAAUCGGCCCUACCAGACUCCUGCUCAACGGUCUGGGACCUCGUGUGGUGAUGACGUGUGGCCUUGUUGCGGGCCAGUUCGUCAUAUACGCGCAGUGCAAGGCGCUCGUGGGUGCACCACCCAGCAUUGAGAUUCACAAAGAGAAGUAG